AUGGCGACCUCUUCUUCCGUCCUUCCUGGAACUGUGGAGAAGCCUUUGGCUAAGGUCCGAAGUUUGAGGCUGCUUGUCUCUUCGCCUUUCUCGUCUUCGGCAUCCGGAGGUUCCUCGUCUUUUCUGAGAGAGACUGUUGUCGGCUCGGAGCGGAGAGCCGCGAGCCGCUGCCGGCGCGCUUCACCUCCCGCGUGUUUGCCCUGUCUCUCGGUGUUGCCGUCUCCUUUGGUUUCAUCUCCAGGCUCUUGUUCUGCCUCUCCCUCUCAGCUGUUGUGCUACUGCGCGCCUGGCGCACCUCUGGCGUCCUCUCUGCACUCACGGCCCCAUUUUGUUUCGCAAUCGGGCUUCACGUCAGCUCCGAAUCUGUCUCCUCGUUCGUGUGCCUUCUUAGCUCCUCGUGGAUUCUUGUCUUCCUUUUCGCCGUCGUCUGAUUCUCACUCUUUUUCGCCGUCUCCGCCCCAUGUGCGAGAGGCGUUGGCCUUCGCAGACGAAGGAUUAUGUCUAAGUCCCAGGUGGAACAGCCCGCGCGCGACGCUCUUUGGCUGUACGUUCUGCAAUCCGUCGCUCCGAGGUCCUUCUCGCUCCGCUUCUCCCCAUUCUUCCUCGCCUGCCUCCGCACCGGCGCCUUCUCCGCCGGUUUUUGUUUCCAACUGCGCUUCUUCUCGUUUGCCUCUCGCUGCAGUCGUGGCUCGGCGCGGAUUUUCGGAAAAAGCCUCUUCGCGGCCUCUCCCAGCCUGGCUGCAGAACAUCGCGCCGACGGAGUUCUGUUUAGAAACGGAGUCGAGCUUUCUAGUCUCGCAGGCUCUGCCGGCUCAGAAGGCGGGCGGGGAGGCGCACCGCGACCGCGCGGAAGAGGAGGCGGACAGCAGGCGAGGCAACUCGAGUCUGGCGCGAGAGAGUCGGGUGGCGGAGGGAUUUGCUCCGAAUAAAAGGUCGCCCCUGGAGCCAGGUUUCGCGGCCAGCGUUCACAGUCGCCAUUUCGACCUGAGUGCGGCGCGCGCCGAGGCGGAAGACACGCAGGAGCGAGUGCUGAGCGCCAGUGGACAGACAGGGAGGUCGUUUUCUGCUGAGUGUCCGUCUGGCAUGCACCAGGGCCAAAAGGGCGUCGCCUUAUCUGUGAGAAGAGAAGAGCCCAAGACGGUGGCGACACAGAGGCAGCGUGCAGCAAGAGAGGCGAGUGGCGCGGAAAGCGAAAUGGACGGUUUCUGGGCAGGAGACCUCCGCGAGGCAGAGUCAGCAAACGCAGAAGCAGCGGGAGACGAAGAUUCAGGCGCCUUCGAAGGGAAGAGAAAGAAGAGGAAAAGUCAACGCUCAAGCUUGAUUUCGGUCAAGCUGCCCGCGACAGCAGACGGCGACGCGGAGGCAGAUCGCGUGAAGAAGCUCACGUUCAUCACCAGCCAAAAGAACGAACUCAUCAAACACAUUGUGCGCCUGAAAAGGCGAGGAGACCUUAGGCGCCGCUACGACAGCGUGGUCGUCCUGGGGCUUCCUUUGGUUCGCUUCAUGUGCAGCCCUGAGUACCGGCGUUUCGUUUCUGAGCAAGGCGGAGAGGUUUUUUCGACUGCCGAGGCGAGUGAAGAGCGCACGGAGGAAGAAUGGAACGUCGCAGGGGCAGGCCGCAGCGCCGCGACGCCGCUGUGGGAGCCGGCAGCUGGCCAGGAGGGCAAGGAGGGCGCCCGAUGUGCAGAGGAUGCGGAGGAGCGUAGGCGCGCACAAGCGGGAGAGAAGCGAGGAAUUGGUUCGCUUCCUGCCACGAGCAACGGCGCGACGAUUCCGAAGCUGGAGUUCGAGCUUCUCUUGACAGACAACCCCGGUUUGGCAGGUCUUCCGUCGGCCUUCAAGGUGUGUGCGCAGGAGACGCGGUGUACGUACAGCGAGGUCAUGGAGUUUUUGAUGGUUAGACGGAAGCCGGAGUUUUUGCCGCAGAAACAAAGGAAGGAUAGGGGGCUUCGAGCGAACGAAGUCGGCACCCGGCCUGCGCCAGGCAAGGCGAAGGAGUCCGUAUGGCUCAAUACUGGAGGCGCACCAGGGUUCCCUAUGCCUGCAAGUGCCGGCCUGCGAAGCGACGCGGAAGACGACCUGCUCCCUCACUCGGGCAUGUCGGUCAAGACGGGAAGCAAACGAGUGAUUGGCAUUCUCCGACGGCCUCGAGAAAGCUUCGACUUUGGGUCUGCACGAUCAAUCCUAGCCCUGGAUGGCGUGCGCUACGUCUCGAAUGUUGGGAUUCUCGUUCGCGCGGCAGCCGCUCUCGGCUUCGAUGGAAUUUACUACGUCGAUGGCACUGCGGAUCCCUUCAACUGGAAAGUCAUGGAAGUGAGCCGAGGGCUGCACUACAACAUUCCGCACUUCCACGGAUCUGCGGAGAAUCUUCUCCGUAUGUGUGAAGAGAGCGACCUUGUCCCUAUUGCGGCAGAUGUCAAGGGAGACAGGCCCAAUGCACUCAAAGAUGUGCUUGCGUCGCGUCGAGGUAUGUGCUGCAUCCUGGGCAACGAGUCUCGCGGCCUUUCCGACGUAGUUCUCCAGCGCUGCCGAAGGGUCGCUUUGCCUAUGUCGUCCCUUCUCGACUCGCUCAACGUCGGAGUUGCGGGGGGAAUUGUCAUGUAUGAAAUGAAGAAACUGAUGGUCCGUCCCGUGGUUUGA